CUUUCAGCUGCCGGCUCUGUGGGUAGUUCCCUGGGAGUGCAGAGGGCCGUAGUCAUGUCCUUCAAGUGGGAACCCAUGCCUUUUCAUGGCUUUGAACACUGCCACUUGUUGUCAUGUUGUGAGCUCAUCCGGAGUUCCCCCGCGCCAUUCAUCACUCUUCGCAGAGCCGAUCGAAUAUACCUAAUUAACGGCUUCUCGAAUUAGCCAAGGAAAUUCACCAACUCAACCCUCAUCAAUAAUCAUGCCAGGCGAUGUACAGGUAAAGAAAGGUUCGGAGAUCAAUGCUCCAAGCGGCGCGCAGACCGAGGGUAUGAUAAGGAUGAAUGCCAUAACCGACAUGUCUGAUCAGAUAUGUGGAACCGUGAUGAUAGCGAAGCCACACACAGCAUCGGCCGUUCACCACCAUGGUGAAGAAGACACAAUCGUAUACGCAGCCAAAGGCCAUGGCGCCAUCGUCAGCGGGCCGAAUGGUUCGAAGAGACAGGAUCUCGUGCCCGGCGACUUUGCGCUAAUCCCUGCCUAUGCCGAACACCAGGAAGUCAAUGAUAGCGGUGAGGAUGUUGUGUGGAUAAUCACACGAGGGGGCAGAAAUCCGAUCGUGCAUAACCUUGAAGGCUGGGGAAAGAGCUAGAAAAAAGUAGCUUCGGAUCGUAGUGCAAAUUCAUUCGGCAGAUCGGUCUUUGCAAUGGAAUACUGCCAGAACUUUGAGCGAAUGCAGAGUCUCAGAUAGUGUUGGGUCUUCCAGUGUAGACACAGUCUCCUUGAAUCCAACAACGAGUCUACAGGCUAAUUCGCUUACCACUGCAGUUAGAUAAUGGAGCGGAGCCCACAGCGCAGCACGCAGCAUUCUCUUCUUGGGGCAUGUUAGAACAGGUAACAGGACAU